AGAGGCGCGCCUCCGGCGGCCGUUGGAAAAUGGCGACGGUCGCCGAGCUGAAGGCUGUUUUAAAGGACACCUUAGAAAAAAAAGGUGUAUUGGGGCAUUUAAAAGCAAGAAUCCGAGCUGAGGUUUUUAAAGCUCUAGAUGAUGAACGUGAACCGCGACCACCAUUGUCUCAUGAAAACCUUCUAAUUAAUGAGUUAAUUCGGGAGUAUUUGGAAUUCAACAAAUAUAAGUAUACCUCGUCUGUCCUGGUAGCAGAAUCUGGUCAACCUGUCGUUCCACUGGACAGACAAUUUCUCAUCCAUGAGUUGAACUUAUUCGAAGAACCAAAGGGUAACACAGUGCCUCUGCUAUAUGGGAUCUUAGCUCAUUUCUUGCACGAGUCUAAGGAUGGCAUCCGGAAUGCAUUUUUGAAAGGAUCUUCUCCUCAGCUUCCAAGCCCCAAUUUUAGCAGACAACAGAGUAGAAGAAAGCAAAUAGAGGAUCUCCUGGGAACCGGGACGGAGAAGCACGGCGGUGUUCAAGACCUCCCUGUUCCUCAAGCCGUGAGGAGAUGACACAUCUACUGGGGCGUCUUUUGGCUUAAUAUUGCAUGUAUGAGAUAUGAGAUACCUUAUUUAUUGUUUUAUUGUUCCAUUGUCAUCAAAAUGUGCCACUGAUUUAUGUGUUUUGUAGGAAUGUGAGUUUGUGCACGACACCUAGCCCUUCAGUUGUUUCUACCAUUGUUAAUAAAAGCUGUCCUCUAGCCUCAUGGGCUUGAUCAGAUCUGAAAUAUGUUCUUUUUAGGGAAUAUCUGAAGGCUCCCAAGCACCAACAACAGAUGUGUGAGAAACGAAAGAGCAUUUUUGUACCCAGUACGUUCUUCUGAAAAAUAAUUACGAGUCUGGGUCGCCAUGGGCCCUGCAUUCCUUCAGCUAGAAUGAUGUAGGUAGGCAGGAAAAAACGCCACUGCUUAAACAACUAAACAAAACACCUAACACCAAAAACACAUUUGUAAUCCGUAUAAAAUGUGUGUGUGUGUGUGUGUGUGUGUGUUUUAACUAGCUAUUUUCCACAUAACCAUUUGUUUAGGUAGACUGUCUAAAUGACAGUCUAAAGUUGAACUUUGAAACUAGAAAACAAUGUCCUUUUUUUUCUCAGACCAUUUUGGUUUCUGCAGGAAGAUUUAAUUAAAAGUUUGAGAAAGAAAUAAUUCUUUUAAUGCUGCUGUAAGUAAAAGAAAGCUGAUUUUAUCACCUAAAGAAUGGGAAAUAAGCAUGAAGAGACAAGCUUUGGGAGGGAUACCAAAAGUAUCUUUUAAAAGGUGGCAUUGCUUCACCGCCACGCGGCCUUGUCUUGUGCAAUGACCAGACGAGCUAGGAAGGGCCAACCCCGACUUAUUUGGGCUCUUAUUGAACUUCACCUUUACUCUUGGACGAGAACAAUUGUCAGAGCCGUUACAAUGCGCUCUCUCAAAUGCUACGUUGAUGUUUAUUGAAGAUGUUUUUCGAACGUAGACUCAUUGCACUGAAAACAUCUGACCGUUAAAGUAGACAGUGCCUGAUUAGCAAGACAGCUGUGGUAUGUUCAGAAUAAAACUCUGCACAGACACCAGUAGGCUGACAGCAUUUCCCGUCAGUGAUUUUCCACAGUGGGGAGUGAGAAGGGUGGUAGUGAACGUGUUUGUCCGCAAAGGAGGCUGAAUCUGUGCAGACUUUGAUGAUACAAGAGGAACCCUUAAGCCAGAGGACUUUGAGAGGCACUGCUGGUGAUCAAAAAGCCAUGUACACACUGACGUCUUAUAAGGGCACAUUUCCAUUUUUGAAUGAAAUAUGUAAUAUCUCUUUAAAAUUUGAAUGUCACUCUUGUAUGUGGGACCAUAAAUAACCGAGGGCUUGGUUUACAUUCAGAGAUGUUGGCAGUGGACACUGGCUUACCUCAGGCACGGCCAUCAGGCAGGACUAGAUUCAGAAGCAGGCUGGAGUUUAUCAUUUCAGUCACCGAUAGAAAAUCCUCCAGAUGAAAAGCUAAGCAAAUUGUCACAUGUCGUCUGAAGUCCUUUGUAUGCAUGAUUCCGUCACUCGUUUGUACCUCGGUGAUUCUUAUACUGUAAAUCUAUCAUUUAAUAAAGACUUUUGUUAACGAA